CCCACCACUUUUAACCGUACCGGCCAAUCAGCACAGUGAGGCCUCCGAUCAAGACAGUCACACCCCCGAUUAGCCAAUGAAAUUGAAGACUGUCUCUUCCAUACCCAGCUCUGGUUGGCCUACCAUCCCGGAACAGGCGUUAACUCCGGGCUGUGGCAAGAUGGCGUCCCUGGAUCGGGUGAAGGUACUGGUAUUGGGAGACUCAGGUGUUGGGAAAUCUUCACUGGUUCAUCUUCUGUGCCAAAAUCAAGUACUGGGAAAUCCAUCAUGGACUGUGGGCUGCUCAGUAGAUGUGAGAGUUCAUGACUACAAAGAAGGAACCCCAGAAGAGAAGACCUACUAUAUAGAAUUAUGGGAUGUUGGAGGCUCUGUGGGCAGUGCCAGCAGUGUGAAAAGCACAAGAGCAGUGUUCUACAACUCUGUAAAUGGUAUUAUUUUAGUACAUGACUUAACAAAUAAGAAGUCAUCCCAAAACUUGUAUCGUUGGUCAUUGGAAGCUCUCAACAGGGAUUUGGUGCCAACUGGAGUGUUGGUAACAAAUGGGGAUUAUGACCGGGAACAGUUUGCUGACAACCAAAUCCCACUGUUGGUAAUAGGGACUAAACUGGAUCAGAUUCAUGAAACCAAGCGCCAUGAAGUUUUAACUAGGACUGCUUUCCUAGCUGAGGAUUUCAAUGCAGAAGAAAUUAAUCUGGAUUGCACAAAUCCACGGUACCUAGCUGCAGGUUCUUCCAAUGCUGUCAAGCUCAGUAGGUUUUUUGAUAAGGUCAUAGAGAAGAGAUACUUUCUAAGGGAAGGUAAUCAGAUUCCAGGCUUUCCUGAUCGAAAAAGGUUUGGGGGAGGAACGUUAAAGAGCCUUCAUUAUGACUGAAUUACGCCCAUCCUGGAAGAGUGAGCAAGCGGUGGCAGUUCUGCACAGCUUUCUUCUUGCUGUGUUGAUUAUUAAUAUUUCGGCCUUUUAACAGAAUCAUCCUAAAAUGCCACCCUUCAGCCUCACCCUUUAAUGGAAAGCUGAAAGGAAGUGACAGCGUGGGAGGUCCAAACUUUGUCCCCAUUCUGUUCCUCACCUUUCUGUCCCUGUUUAUAGAUUAUGUAAAAGCCUUGUGGAAAUAUGAGAUGUUGUCAAAAUGAUGCAGUAAAUGAGCAGUGACAGAGUGCUACAGAAAAAAUUUACUCUUCCCAGAAUUGGAAGGUUUUUUAUAGGUCUGUAACUUUCCCACACUCCUUGCUGAAGGCUUAAUUAAGUACUUCAAAAAUGUAUCUCUGUUGUUUUACCUUCUUGAGGGGAAAGGUUAUGUUAACCAGCCCUGGGUUGUCCACCCCAAGCAAUCUCUGUCGUUUUCAAAGAAGCAAAAUGGUGUUAUUUAAUUGUCUCCACUCUCAUCACACACAAGGAUGCCUAAUAAUAGCAGCCCUUGUCUCCCUCUCCUCUCCUUUGCAAAUGGUUCAGUGGCUAGAAGAGGCAGACUAAUAGCUGAGUUAAAUAUAAAUAGAUUAAUAAUACAUAGAGAACAGCAGUACCAGCAAAGGAGAAUUCUCCGAGAAAUUGACAGCUCACUAAAUCCUUCACUCUGGGUUACAGAUGUCUGCACUGUCUUAUUGUUUUCUAUUUGGAAAUAGGCAGGGUGAAAUCUAAGACCUGUUCAAGGGCAGUAAGAGAGAUUUACAGCCUCUACUGUUUUUAUUUUUUUAAAGGAAAAGUCAACUCCUGAGAUGUCUCUUAACUGUAGUCGGUAAACUAAGAAUGUUAUUUUCUGUGUCAACAAUGUAUUUAUGGUCAGAAGUAAAAAUAAGUUCUACAGCAACACAUUUACAUGAAUUAUGGACUAGGAUUCUUAGAUUUCAUAAUCCAACAUUUUGUGAGGGUGGUGGUGUAUGUGCGCGUAUGCAUAAUUGUUCAUCGUUCCUUUUUUUACCCAUCUUUUUUGCUUGUUUAAUUCUCUCUGCCCCGGUUCUUCUUUAAUAUAUAGACCUGGUUUCCAAAAACUGCAAUUUGCUGCCUUAUUCAGCACCACCUUUUUACCCAUAACCGCUCUCUGGCUCUGAGGCAGGUCUUUGCAGUCCUGAUUUUGCUCCAUAUUAGAAAAAAAUAGUAAGUAUACACUUUCAGCUCCUCAUUUUAAAACUAGGCAAAAAACACUAAGUUCACUUUCUAUUCCAUUUUAAUUAAAUUUCAGAAGUACUUUGGAAAUCAAGGUAUGCUACCAGAAGAUCUUAAAAUAAGAAGGUUAGCCAGUGCUUUUAGAAAGGCAGUUGUAGGAAUUUGGGGAAGGAUUUUUAAAGCACUUUUGAUCAGCUAGCAUAUUCUCCAGUCUGUCUUCAUAUCCUCAGCCAUAAAACCGAGGCCUGAUUUCUUUUUUGACACAAAGUAGAGCUGUGCAAAUCAGGAUCUGUACGUGGAGUAUGGCACAAGCGAGUUGUGACAGAGGCUGCACAAAUGCAUGCACAAAGACCCAACUAAAGCUCUUUGUAAACAAUAAAUUAAAAAAAAUUAUACAUACAUUCUGAAAAAAUAAGUAAUACAACGACACAGAAGCGAAAAUACAUAUAACCCUUUCCUUCUCUCCCCUUUCUUCCUCUUUCUUUCCCUUAAUUAAAAACCCUCUCUCAAUUUCUUUAUUUUCUCCCUUGCUAAAAAAUAAAAAUAACCCAUCACUGAUGCCUUUCAGGGUCAGCCUUGAAAACUUAGCAGUACCCCUCAACUCCAUUUCUUCUUGCUUGUGAGGCUUGACUGAAUUAUAGUUUUCUGAGAAAAAAUAAUUUUUAAUAAUCUAAGGUAAAUUUGUUGCAAAGUAUUAGUAGCAGCAAAACAAAGCUGUUUACCAAGAUGAAUGUUAUUAGCCAAAGUUCUUGAAAAUGAAUGUUUUGAAGAAUAAUUUUUGCUGGGAUUUCCUGAGAUCCGCUCAUCAAAAUUGCUUUUGGAUAAUCAACAAAUGUAAAUACCAAAAUACUUCCUAAAGAGUAUUAAUUAAAUCUUUAAUUUUCUUUAUGGAA